AUGACUAAACCUACUGGUGCACGGGUGCAGGUGCAAGGUAUGAAGGACGGUCAGUCAGAUAGAGGAUCCUUACCACGACUACUAUCAAUGGAACCACGAGGAAUUUUGAGGAAUAAAGACGAGGCAUCACCGCACGAGCACUCUGAGGGCGACCUCGAUCGUCAAGAAGUGAUCCGAAACACAAGGAUUAAUGCGCAAUUGUCAGCAGAUUCCACUAAGGGGGAUAAGAUCCGGGCCAAAAUCGCUGAGGCCAGAGCCAAGGACGGCCUUGAACCUCUUCCCGAGCACUUGAAGUGGGAUGAAAUCAAUCUUUACAAGACCGAGCAGGAAAAGGCCGCCACCAUGAAGAUCGACGAACCUAAAACUCCAUAUGAGGGUGGUUUCAACCCAGAGGGCGAAUACUACAGGGACGAUGACGAAGAGAAUACACCCAUUCCAGACUUUUCGUUGGGUGAGGGCCAGUUCGACUCCGAAGCUCCCGUAAGUCAAUCACUCAAUGGCGGAGCUGUGUACAAAGAAGAAGGUGUAGAGGAGGAAGAACCAGAAGAAGAGGAAGAGAAGCCAUUGCUGGCGGAGGAGAAGCACAAACGAUUUGAAGAGAUGCGUAAAGCACACUACCAUUUGGCAGCUACGCCUCUCAAGCACAAGAUCGAAGUUUCUGACGACGAAGUAUAG